AUGGGGAGAAAGCAGUCUACAGACCGUGAAGAAGAGAGCCUUGAAUCUUCCAAGCAGGGUGGUGGCAGUGGUGGUGGAGAAAAGUCAAAGAAGAAGAAUCCGGUGAUAGACGACGACGAAUACGGUGUUGGGAUGGAAUCGUCUAAUGAGACAAUGGUUCAGGAUGACAAAGUAGCAGAGAGUAGUAAGAAGAAAGGUAAGAAGGGCAAAAAGUUCAGGGGUCGAGAUGACGAUGGCGAAGACAAACGUGUUCUGAGAGAGGAGGAUGACGAGCAAAACAAGUCAAAGGAGAAGAGUGUGGUUAUUGACGAUGAUGAUUACUCUAUCGAGACUGAAAUAUCUGAUGAGCCUAGGGUUCAGGAAGAGGAAGUAGCACCAGCACUGGCAUUUGGAAAGAAAAAAGGUACUACUAAAAAGUGGAAAAAGGUUGGAGCGACUACGUCUAGUUAUGCAGUACUUGGAGAGAACAAUGAUGAUGAAGACAGGACAAUGAUGAUGAAGACAGGCCAGGUUUGUCAAGGAAUAGUGGCCAAGAGGUUGAAAGUGUUGCCUCCGUUACUGGAAAAGUAA